AUGAUAAACGACUCCGCCCUGAACCCGUCAAAAAACAUCUUCAUGAAAGUUGUCUAACAAGUCUUUUCCGAUGGUAGAUUCAACUGGGGCCGAGUGGUUGCGCUCUUUUACUUCGCCUGUCGACUCGUCAUAAAAGGCCUUAUAAUCAAAAUGGCUGAUGUCAACAGAACAAUAAUUAACCGGACAAUAGACUACCUCCAGUAUCACGUGAUCAACUGGAUAAGAGAGCAAGGCGGCUGGGAGGGAAUUCGUUCCUACUUCGGCACUCCCACUUGGCAGACGUUGGGGGUUUUCCUGGCCGGUGUUCUUACCACUGCUUUAGUCAUGCGCAAGAUGUGAAAGCCGCUCUAG